AUGACGCAAGGCGGUCGCAUUUCUAACCUGUCCGCGUUGCUGCGGCAACGCGGUAGCUAGCGUUCUGAUUGGCCGACAAGCAUCGCAGCUCUCGGCCGCCAUUGGAUGGGUAGGAUGCUUGGACACGUCCGGCGCACUGAUUGGUUGACCGAUUCGGAAGGGAGUUUGACGGAGAUGUCGUGGUGGCUGGUUCUGUCGGCUGUAGGCGGAGUGGCACCUCCGGGCCGGGUCAGGUGAGUUACGCGGAGCCGAGUGCGGAGGGGUGACGUUGGCUACGGGCCUCUGGGCACCGAGGGCUCCAGGUGCGGCGGCGGCCGGGCUCUGAGUUCGAGGGGUCGCCAGCAAGUCCUGCUUGGCGGGGGGUCGACGCGGGGAGGUUGGGGGACCAUCGAGGGGGACCUGGCAGGCAGCGGGGCCGGUGGAGGCCUUGGGGGCGGCGAGGGGUCUGACGCUUCGCCCUUUCCUCCGCCCUCUUUCAGGCAAGGAUGAAGGCGCUGAUCUUGGUGGGGGGCUAUGGCACGCGGCUGCGGCCCCUGACCCUCAGCAUCCCGAAGCCCCUGGUGGAAUUUUGCAACAAGCCUAUCUUGCUGCACCAGGUGGAGGCUCUGGUGAAGGUAGGAUUGAGCACCAGCCUUCUGUGUUUGGGUGGGUGGGUGAAGGUGAGGCUGCCGUCCGCUUAGAGGGGCGGGGGGCGGGGGAGAAGAGAGAUUCAGGGGCCUCUUUUUCCUGAAAAGGGCGCUGUGCCUUUUAAGAGCUGCAUGGCAGACUGGAAUUCAAUAGGUGAAGCUUUUGCUGUUGAGUUAUUCCAUGGGGAAGUUUCCUGCACAUAUCUGGGAUGGCUUCUUGUGCUGUGCCCUCUGCUACGUUUCCUGUGCAUUUCUAGGCAUCUCUCCAUCUCUGUGCUAGCUGAAGAUAAAUUACUUUGCUUUACCAUACAGAUAAAUAGGGAUGGAUGUACAUUUUGGAUAACUUGUGCUAUAGCCAGGGAAAGUGGCUCAUACAAAUGGAUCACAGACUAAUACCUAAGUGAUAGGUGGUCUUCUUCCAGAUUUAGGAGUGGAAUGUGUGAAUUCUAACUGCUGCCCUUUUGCUGAUUUAGCUUCCUUUUGCUCAGUGAGUUGAUGGGGAAAGGAUUAGAAAUGUUUCUCUCUGUUCCAAUCUUGCAUAACCAUUCCUUACAUCUUCUAAAUAAUUAUGAUCUCUGGUCCAGUUGGAUGGAUAUUGCCUCCCUGGGUCUGGACACCUGAUCACCUCAGUUGCAUGCGUAGUUUGAGUGUCUUGGAGUUACUAUUCCUCUUCUCUGACAGGCAGGUGUGAACCAUGUGAUCCUUGCUGUCAGUUAUAUGUCAGAACUGCUGGAAAAGGAGAUGAAAGAACAAGAGCAAAGGGUAAGUUUUGAGUUGAUAGUUCUUAGGCUGCUUUCCUGAACCUGAUGGUUGGGGGUCCUGUAGAUGUGCAGGAGUUGAUUGGAACUCUUCAUUUGCUAUAGCAUUUUGUCUUAAUGUGGCUGAGGUUCUAUGAAAGCUAGUGGCUCAAUAGCAUUACCUAAGCUCAUGCUGCUUUCACAGAGCAUAGCCUUGUGAAUCACUAACUCUAGUGAUUAUCUUUCAGUGUUCAUGAGGUGGGCAUUUGAUAGUUCACUUUAUUCUUGGGGAGUUUUGCAACUUGCAAGGAAAGGGGUUCGCUUUGGACUUUGCUGAGUUAGAUAGCCUGUAUGUGCUAGGGUCUCUAUGUGAAACUCAAAUUAAUUAUAGUGCAGUGCAUGAGCUUUAAUUAGAUUACAACUAUACAAUAUAUUAUAAUUUUAACUGAAGCCAACUAAGCCAAAAUAAGCGCAUGUUGUGCAAGUAUAUCCAUAAAUGUUGCUCACUUCCUACACUGUAAAAAGCAGGGUGUGACUUUUUCUCGGCACCGUGCCAUACCACUUUUUGUAACUUCCUGUAACUGAAGGUUUAUGGAUUCAGUUUCAUUGGCAAUACCAGCUACACAAGUGUUGGUUAGAAGCAAGAAAACUUUCCUUCAGUAAAGAUCUAGCUAGUGGUACACUCUUAACAACAGCACUCUCUUUUUAUGAUUUGAUAUGAUUCACUGGCAGAUUACUUUGGCCAGAAACCUAUUAUUUUCAAAUAGAUGGAACCUAUUGUCUAUAACUAUUUGAAGACAGGGUGGUAUUCAAAAUAGAUGCACUAGCUCAAGGAUUAGUACUAAUGCAUUGGACCCCCCCGCCCACCAUGCACUGUGCUGUCCUCAAAUCUGUUCCAGAGGGUUUCAGAACAUAUUUAGAGAGUGUCUGUUGGGGGGGGGGGCAUUGUACAAACAGAUAGUACAGAUUUUUUCCUGCUGACAGAAUGUAUUCUUUGUGCUGCACCAAAUACAACCUAUACUUUUAAUGCACAUCUUAUUUCAGACAUUUCAGCAUAAAAGGCUUAGCACCCUCUCCAUUGUUACACUGGGACCAGAUUCAACUGAUUUGCUAGUGGAAGUACAACGGGGCUUCCCCCCUUUGCCGUGUGUGCCCCCAUGCCUUCCCCAAAUACGCUCUCGCAGGUUGGGAGAACCCACUGAAGAGCACGGGGGGAGGAGGAGGUGGGAGAUCAUGCUGUUUGCAAAGCGUAUAUGCUUGUGCUGACAAAAUGAUCAAAUUAGUGUAACACUGAAUUCUACCCACUGACUGCAUUCUUUUUAUUUUGGGGCUUCAAGGGUGCCAUGUGCCUAUUGGCUUGAAUCCUAAGACAAGACAGCUUUAGAAAGUUCAUGGAAGGAAGAUUUCCCAUUUACUAUCUACACCCACAGCCACCUGUGCUUCUCCAAUAGCUUCUCUGAAGGAAUGGGGUCCCCAAUUGUGGGACAAAGUGCAGGCAACUUUGGGAGGAGUAGUAGUUAGGAAACCUUCCUUCUAUGAACUUUUUGAAGUUACCUUAGGAUUCAAGCCAAAUUUAGGGCAGUUAUCAGCCAUCCUCCAUGCCCCAUCCCACAUUUUACAAGCACGUCCCCAUCCCCCCCCCAUUGCUCUAGGGAGGUUUUCAGGGGGAGGAGGGAACAGGAAACUUUCAUUCUGUGAACUUCCUCUAGUUAACUUAUCUGAGGAUCCAAGCCACUGAUUCUAACCUCCUCUUUGUAAUUGUGAAUGCAGCAACCCCUCUGACCCUUAGUGUACCUAACUUAGCUGAAAUUCUGUUGGACUUAAUGGACUUGCUUUCAAAUGUGGAUGGUGUGUUACAUGACUUUCUAAGAGGGAAAGUAAAGUUUAGUUAUUUCAUCUUAAUUUAUGCUGUUCAUCUGUUGCUUCAUUAGAACAAGUACCCCACAAAGCCAGGGAGCCUGCAAUCUGUAGGUCACCAUAAAUUCAUCAUUGAAUAAUAUUGAUAUGGUUGUCUAGUUCUAUUAGAGAGGAUUUAUGAAAAUCUGAUGACUAAAGGAAGGGUAUAUAACCAGGUCACUGGUACACAUAUUCUGUCGGUGGUGCGCAUCUUCUAAUUCUGUUUUCCAAAUUCUACUUUGUUUCCUAGCUGGGAAUUCACAUUUCCCUGUCGCAUGAGAAGGAACCACUGGGCACAGGUAACUGAAGCAGCCACUUUCUUGUGAAGAAGUGAGGUUAUAGGGGGAGUAAAUGUGGGAUCAGAAUCAAAACUUGUGGCAACCUGGAGUGUCCUGGCUAUAUGCAGGUGGAGGAUUGGGUACUACUAAUUCUGAUCAGGAGCUAUAUAGGAUGGAACUUUCUAAAGCGGGUUGAGCAGUGCCUGCUGGCUGUUGUUGCUGAAGGGCACAUGAAUAGGUGAAUAUUGAGGGCUUUGGUUUCCUCCACAGCUGGACCCCUGGCACUAGCGCGGGAGCUGUUGACCGAGAAUGCAGAGCCUUUUUUUGUGCUCAACAGUGAUGUGAUCUGCGAUUUCCCCUUCAAAGACAUGGUGCACUUCCACAGGCAUCAUGGAAAAGAGGGCACCAUUGUGGUAAGUACCAUAUUUUUCGUCCCAUAGGACGCUCCGUCCCAUAGGACGCACCUAGUUUUUUUUUGUGGGGGGGAAAUAAAGGGAAAAAAAUUCCCCUUUAUUUCCCCCCAAAACCAGGUCGGGGAAACCGAACCAGGUCGAGGAACAGUGGGAUGGCGGCGCUGCGCCUCCUUGCUGUCCCCCGAGCUUGUGGGGAUGGCCUAUGUCUGUCCGGCGCGCGGGGCGCUCUGCUUCAGGGCGCCCCUCGCGCCGGGCGGCAGGCUGCUAUCCGCAGCGAGGGGAGCCCUGCGGGGAACUCCUGCAGGGCUCCAACAUGCUGCGGAUGUCUGCCCAGCACGAGGGGCGCUCUGCUUCAGGGCACCUGGCGCUCCGGGAAGCAGGCUGCUAUCCGCAGCCUAGACUGCCCUGCGGGAAUUCCCGCAGGGCUGCCUAAGCUGCGGAUGUGUUCCUGAAGCACCGGGCACUCUGCUUUCAGCGCGCCCGGCGCUUCGGGAACCAGGCUGCUAUUUGCAGCCUAGACAGCCCUGCGGGAACUCCCGCAGGGCUGCCUAGGCUGCGGAUGUCUUCCUGAAGCCUGGAGAGCGAGAGCGCACCGACCCCUCUCGCUCUCCAAGCUUCAGCAAAAGCCUGCAUUCGCCCCAUAGGACGCACCCAGAUUUCCCCUUCAUUUUUGGAUAGGAAAAAGUGCGUCCUAUAGGGCGAAAAAUACGGUACCUGUGGGGCACCCACUCCAUGCUUGCAAUGCUCCAUUGCUGGAGUGGCCCUCCAGAGGUUGCUGGAUUCCAGGUCCCAUCAGCAUGAGCCAAUAGUCAGGGAUGAUAACUGUAGUCUGCCAACAUCUUUGGAAAGCCAAAGGGUAGAUCCCUUGCUCUUUUGCUUGGAAUUGCCCGUGGAUCCUUGGACCACCUAGUUUCUGCUGGUUGCAGAGCUGCCAGAAAGCUAAGUUUAGCAGGCCAGCUGGAGACAUAGGCGGAAAGAGCUCCAUCACUUCCACAAACCCUUAAUACUUGGCAAAAACCGUAGUUGCAGGAACAAAGAAUCAUAGGAUUGUAGAGUUGGAAAGGAUCCCAAGGGACAUCUAGUCCAACCCUCUGCAACCCACUUAAAAAAAAAAAUCAAGCCCCUCCUGUGGGUGUUAUAAAUGCCUCCCCUUGUUUACAUGCACAGGAGCACGCUUAUUAGUUCAUAAACAAAGAAGAAUUAGGGUGUGUGUUCUUAUUUUAGGGAUGAACUGCACACCCAUAUCUUUCUAUAAUGCAAAAACAGAAGUGGUUGGAGUAAAGGUCUUCUGUGUCCUAUCCUUUCUUUUGCUCAUGGGGUUCUUUUUAAAAUAAGAGAUUGGGAUAGUAAACUAGGCAUGGCAGUUCAAUAGAGCUCUUUCUGUGCCCUCCGAGUACCAUGGCUGGGUGUGAUGCCAACUUUGCCUUGCAGGUGACCAAAGUGGAGGAGCCCUCCAAAUAUGGCGUUGUGGUGUGUGAGUCAGAUACAGGGCGCAUACACCGCUUUGUGGAGAAACCCCAAGUUUUUGUUUCCAACAAGAUCAACGCUGGCAUGUACAUCUUAAACCCAAGCGUGCUACAGCGGAUCGAGGUAUGAGGCAGGAAGGGUGGAACAGGGAUCUUGCACAGGGCAGACUGGCUGGGGUGUUUGAGGUUGUGGUUUUAGUUGGGCAUCUCAUCCUUUCAUGCCGGUGAGAUUAAGGAUGAUGAUGUCUGUGGGAACAGUACAUCUCUUGUCUUUACAACAUAAAUGGCCAACUGGUAGUACUCUUGCCUUCCCUUAGCUGCGGCCUACCUCGAUUGAGAAGGAGAUAUUCCCAGUGAUGGCAGAACAAGGACAACUCUAUGCCAUGGAACUGCAGGGUAAGGGCACAUGGAAGGAUUUGGAAUGGUACUUUGAUCCUAAGGGGCUCUCACAAAUGUAGGCAGUGAUUUGAGGAGAGGGCAUAUUAGACAAUUAGAUGUUAAGUCAGUGAAGACCUGGGACUGGAGUUCAGAAGUAAAAAUAAGAUCAAGAUGUGGAAGAUACCACAUAACAUGCAAGGGCCCUGUAGGGCAAUGUUUGAAUGAAAUAACGUAAUGUGGUUUCACUUCACAUCUUGCUUUAUGCUGCCUUCGGGGAGGAAGGCUGGUAUAAGGUCCAUCAAUGGAGACAGGUGUCUUAUUAAUGCAGCUUUGUCAUCACAGGGUUCUGGAUGGACAUUGGGCAGCCCAAAGACUUUCUGACUGGCAUGUGCAUGUAUCUGCAAUAUCUACGGCUGAAACAUCCCGAGAGGCUGCACUCAGGACCGGGUUUCAUGGGGAAUGUAUUAGUGGUAAUUAUAUUCUUGUAUUUCUUUGGAGCGAGGGUGGGCAGUACUUCAUUAAAGGCUGAUCUAAAAGUGGUAGUAUAUUGAGCAAGGCAACAACAGCUCUUGAUAUUACAUCUACCAUCUUGUGGACUAGAGCUGUGAGGGAAUGUUGUUCUCUCCCAUCUAGUUUCCUCUGAGGAGGAGGAAGCUACUUCCCAGACCGGAGCUGUGGAAGCUGCUCAAGAAAAACUUUCAUGCACAAUUUCCCCCCUCCAACUUCAGGACCCAACUGCCAAGAUUGGAUCGAACUGCAGUAUUGGUCCCAAUGUCACCAUUGGGGCAGGAGUGGUGAUAGAGGACGGGGUUCGGAUCAAACGUUGCACUGUGCUGAAGGGGUCGCGGAUCCGGUCUCAUUCGUGGCUGGAGUCCUGCAUUGUUGGCUGGAGCUCCUCUGUAGGCCAGUGGGUGAGUUAUGUGACAGAGCAAUCCUCAUCGGGCAGAUACACACUGGGGAAAGUGAAGCUGCAGCCCAACUGCUGAAGGUUGAGGGAAUGUAAACAUUUUCUGCUCUUCUGUGGGGAAAUGUUACCUCUCUGGGCAGGACCAGUAAAUGGAGAGAGCUGGAAUGCAGGAUAAUUUUGUUUAUUCCUCUCGGUGGCCCCAAUGUGCCUGUUUCUGGCCAUAACAUGCCCCCUUUUUGCCCUGCACACUGGGAUAGCUUGUGCCAGGAGAGCUUUACUUCAGCCAGGUGAAGUCGCCAGCUUAAGGCCACCUGAGCCACAGGGGUGGGGAGAUCAGGUCAUAGACUAACCUCCCCCAGCCAGUGUGUCUGGGACUUAAGAAUUGCAAUGUUGGUCAGAGCUGCAUCUUAACUAGUGCUUUUACUGAUGAGUGAGCUGGAAUGCGCAGUCCACACAAAUGCUACUGUGACGUAGUUUCUUCACAUGCCUGCAUGUUUGUUCUCUCACUCAUGGUGGACUUGUACCUUUGCGGUGGUUGUGUGUUCAUACUCAAUACCCUUAUUAUUUUGAGAGCUGCUUUCAUAAUAGGGAAACUUGCCCUAUAAAGUCCCAAUUUAAUAUCUUUCAGUGCUGCUUUGUGCCAGGUAUCAAGCUGUCCUUUCCCUAUGAGUUGAAUUGGUACCAGAUUUAGUGGCAAUUUGAGUAAGAUUUAGGGAAACUCUACAGGUAUAAUUAUCAUGGCACUUCAUUCUGGCUGUUCCUGCUUUUAAUUAGCAGCCCAGAGCCAGAAAAGCAUGGGCAGAACCUGUUAGAAACUGACUCCUGAGUAGCCAUAGGAUUGUACCAUGCAGGCGAGUAACUGCCUUAGCCUAAGUCGAUAGACUUGUAACAUACUACUUCCUCUCAGCUCAGCAUAGAGUUGUCUAACUGUAUGUCACGCCCUUCCUCAGGUACGGAUGGAGAAUGUGUCAGUGCUGGGAGAGGAUGUCAUUGUGAACGAUGAACUCUACCUCAAUGGUGCCAACGUGCUGCCUCACAAAUCUAUUGCGGAGUCUGUACCGGAGCCACGCAUCAUCAUGUAG